AUGUUUGUAAAACAUUCAUUAAAACAAACAAAUAAUUUAAACAAACAUCAAAAACAACAAAAACAUUGUUUAUAUAAAAGAAUAACAACACUAACUAUUUGUUUUAAUUUCAUUUUGUUUUGCACAGUUACAACAGUUUUUGGAAGUGAUGAAAACCCAAUAAUACGAAAUUUUAAAUGUCGUCUAAAUGGGUGUUGUGAUCAACACGAAUGGUGUAGAUUUUGGGCUACAAUGGGGGAAUGUGGAAGUAAUUCUGGAUGGAUGUCACUUAAUUGCCAAUUAGCUUGCGGAACUUGCACAAGACCGCCUGUUACAAGAAGACCGCCACAAACACAAGCAGCUACUCUUCCCUUUCGUUUUCCCAACAACCCUUUUAUACAAACACAUUCAAGACAGCCACAAACAUUUCCUCAUUUAUUUGUUACACGAACAUCCCCUACAACACACCCAACAACACACCCAACAACCCAUCCAACAACAACACAAACAACAACAACAUUUAGACCCCCACCCCCACCCCCUCCACCUCCACCCCCACCCCCACCUCCAACAACAACAACUAUACACACAACAACAACUACACAAACAAUUGUUUCUAACCCAACAGAAAGGUGCAGACAAAUACAGAGAGAUCCCUCUAAUGCUGCUGAAGUUUUAAUUAGAGAAAGAUUAGUUGUUGCAACUGAAGGUGUUUUAAAAUGUUUAUUAAAACAUUAA